UUCCGUGAUGACUAUUACGUAGAGUUUGGUAAACAAAGUCAGGACAGAGUGUUGGGAACUAAAGACUUCGCCGCUCACUUGUAUGACUUACCGACCGGUAAAAUGGUUCACACCUAUCAGGACGAGAACCUAUCGAACCGUUACGUGAAAAAUAGGGCCACUUUUCAUCCGUCAGAUGAUCUCAUACUUAACGAUGGAGUUCUGUGGGACACUCGCAGUGCCACUCCUGUCCAUAAGUUUGACAAAUUUAAUGAACACAUUAAUGGAGUAUUUCAUCCGAACGGUCAAGAAAUCCUUUCCAACUCAGAAAUCUGGGACAUCAAGACAUUCCAUCUGUUGAAGACAGUGCCAGCCCUGGAUCAGUGUCGCAUCAAAUUCAAUAAUAUAGGAGAUGUCAUAUACGGAGCCGUCUUCGAAGAGGAGAACUCUGAAGAAGAGGACCAAUCGAAGAGUCCUUACGGCUCGUCGUNAAACCUCAUUCCCACAUAA